AUUAUACAUAUCGUUAAUAACAAGCGUAUAAUAAAUGUAUAAUUGCAUGAUGUACGUCCAGUUAUCGAGAGUAAACGAUACGAGUCGCAUCAUGGAUUUUUUAGUGCUGAUUCUUUUUUCUUUUGUGAUCGCAAGUAACGAUGUCAUCGCAGGCCGUUUACCAUAUGGACUCAGAUACAAAGAUCGGAGGACAAUCGAUAUAUCUUCUAUGAGGUUACUUAAGGAUGUGUACGAGGCGAGUGACGACAAGAAUGUAGUGACUUCUCCACUUGGCAUAUUCGUGCUGCUCUCCUUGUACUCGACGGUGACCAACGGCACAUCCAGACAGGAGAUCCAGAAUUACCUGGGAUUCCAAGACUACAGACAGUUGACGCAUUCAUAUGAAUUUUUAAGCGAGAGUUUAUCCUCAAUGGACCCUACAUUGUUGACGUUCGCCAACAAAGUCUGCAUCUCAGAUAAAUACCAGCUUGAGAACGAGUUCGUGACCCUCGCCACGCGACGCUACCACAGCGAAGUAUCACCUAUCGACUUACAAAAUCCUGAAGCGGCCGCUAAUUCCGUCAACCAGUGGGCUAACAUGAAAAGUGGCGGCAACAUUAAGGACCCAGUGUCUCCCAUGAUGUUUACUCCUGACACAGUCGCGUUGCUUCUCAAUGUCAUCUAUUUCCAGGGAAAGUGGAAGUAUCCGUUCGGGGUAGAUGACACAACAGAGGAAGCGUUCCGCGUGAGCCCGACAGAAACCAUCAUGAAACCCACCAUGCGGAUUGAGAGGGAAUUCACCUACGGUCAUGAUAAUUUAUUACGAGCUACAAUGAUACAGUUGCCGUACAAUGAGACCGACUUUUCGAUGUUUAUAGUAGUACCAGAUGAAAUAGAUGGACUGCCAUCGUUAUUGGAUACGUUAGCAGAAGUUGGCGCACUACGGGUCUUCUCUAAACGCAACAUGACAUACCGCAAAGUGUACUUACAGAUGCCGAAGUUUGAAGUUAAAACGAAGUCUAACGUGAAAGAUAUUUUAGUAAAGGAAGGUGUGCGCGGCAUCUUCGAUAAGUAUAAUACGGGAGUCGUGAAAGGCGAGGAGGUGAGGGUGUCCGAGGUGUUCCAGCAAGCCAGCAUCACUGUGGACGAGGCGGGUACGGAGGCCGCUGCUUUUACUUAUUUUGGACUCGAGUUAAGAUGUCUCAUGGAAGAGGAUGAGCCUGUGGUUUUCUUUGUGGAUCGGCCGUUCGUUUACGCGAUUUUACAUAAGGAUGUUGUUUUAUUUACUGGAACUUACACGCAUUAGAUAUACUAGCUGUGAGACGCGACUUUGUGUCAUUUUUGUAUGUGAUUAAUUUAAGUAUUCCUGUGGCGUUUCAUGUCUUAAAUAUAAAAUGUUAUA